AAUGACUGUAAGCUUGGUACAUGUGCGGAAAUUCGGAAUAUUCCUAAUUAUGUAUAAAACGCACACGCACUAGAUUUUAACGGGACUCCACUAGAAACCCUAGAGAGCUAUCGAAUCUCGCUACAACAGACGAAACACAGAUCUCUAUCGCCGCCUAAAGAAACUAAGUCAUUACUUUGCAAUGGCGGUCACAUUCUCCUGUGUCAACUCACAAUCUGGCCUCAAGAAGCUCGAUGAGUACCUCCUAGCACGGAGUUACAUGACAGGGUACCAAGCCUCAAAGGAUGAUAUCACUGUGCACACAGCUCUUUCAAAACCUCCAUCAUCUGAAUAUGUGAAUGCAUCUCGGUGGUACAACCACAUCGAAGCCCUUCUGAGAAUUUCUGGUGUUUCUGGGGAAGGUUGCGGUGUCACCAUAGAGGGUUCUGCUCCUGUCACUGAGGCUGUUGCAACUCCUCCUGUAGCCAACACCAAGGCUUCAGCUGCUGAGGAUGAAGAUGAUGAUGAUGUGGAUCUGUUGGUCCUCCUUGUGGUUGACACCUGCUAUACAUUUUGGAUUAUAUGUCUGUUACUUUUAGAUCAUUUUGAUCUACACCUGUUCCUGUUUUUAACAAGUGAAUGUGAUUUUCUCGUGAUUUUAUUCACAGCUGGAAAGUCCUCCAUUCUCAUGGACAUUAAGCCGUGGGAUGAUGAGACAGACAUGAAAAAGCUGGAGGAAGCUGUUAGAAGCAUCCAAAUUGAAGGAUUGUUUUGGGGAGCUUCCAAACUUGUGCCUGUUGGGUACGGUAUUAAGAAAUUGCAGAUUCUGCUUUCCAUUGUGGAUGACUUAGUGUCGGUUGACACUCUCAUUGAGGACACUCUCACAGCUGAACCAGUGAAUGAGUACGUCCAGAGUUGUGAUAUCGUUGCCUUCAACAAAAUAUAAUUUCAAGAUUUUUUUGGCGGCUUUGGAAUGGGUGCAGUAGAGGUUUCGCUGCUAAAUUUUGCUAUUUUGCUACAUGUGUCAUUUGGAUUUUGGCAUGAGUUUAAAUUAGUUGUACUGUUGCAAUGACCUUAUCAUUCUUCAUUUGUAUUUGGAAUGAGGAAUCAUACUAUUUACUUUGAAAUUGUGGUUUUAUUAGUCAGUAAACGAUAAUCAGCAAAGAGUGUGCUUGUCAUUUUAUUAUA